UACAAGCCAAGAUAACAAGCAGAGUGAUAUUCACAACUAAAGCUGUGAUGUUUCGGAGGUGAGCGGUACUACCGUGAACUGUUGGGUAAACCACCACGGACGUGUGACAAGAACUUGGUUAUUUUUUGACCUAUAUCGAAUAUACCCAUGUCGCUGUUGAGCUGUACAGACUUGAACGUUUUGAAUGACUCGACCUCGUUAUCAUUCAGGACCAUAUGUUGAGAAAACCGAGGGGAGGAAAAAGAAACAACAGUUCGGGAGGCUGUCUGGACCGGAGGACGAAAAGCGGCUAGCUAAUAGUAGUAACUCAGCUGUGGUGCCAAGAGGGAUAUUCACACUCAAAGUGACAUCGCUAACGAACCGGGCACGGAACAGAGGAUAAUCUGGCCGAGGAUAGCCUUGUCAAUCUCCUGGUGUAGAGAAGAAGAUAAGUUAGUUGGCUUGGCGCAAAUAUAACACUUAACUACGGCGACGUUGGCCAACACUGUCCCCUCAAAAUAGAAAGGAAACAAAACAAGCGUCCAGCCGCCGUCCAGUGUUUUGAGGAUGAAUCACUUAUCCCUCAGCGAGCUAUGCUGCCUGUUCUGCUGUCCACCGUGCCCAAGCAAGAUCGCUUCUAAACUGGCCUUCCUGCCCCCAGAGCCCACCUACAGCCUCAUGUCUGAUGACAGUGGCAGCCGAUGGACACUGCACCUCUCUGAGCGUGCAGACUGGCAGUACUCGGCCCGGGAGAAGGAUGCCAUCGAGUGUUUCAUGACACGCACCUCAAGAGGGAACCGCAUUGCCUGCAUGUUUGUCCGCUGCUCACCCAGCGCCCGUUACACGCUAUUAUUCUCCCAUGGAAACGCAGUGGACUUGGGCCAAAUGAGCAGCUUCUACAUCGGCCUGGGUUCAAGGAUCAACUGCAACGUCUUCUCGUACGACUACUCGGGUUACGGGGCCAGUUCUGGGAAACCCUCGGAGAAGAACCUAUAUGCUGAUGUAGACGCUGCCUGGCAGGCACUCCGGUCAAGGUAUGGCAUCCGACCAGAGAGCGUGAUUGUGUAUGGCCAGAGCAUUGGCACUGUGCCCUCUGUGGACCUGGCAUCUCGCUAUGAGAGUGCUGCCGUCAUCCUCCACUCCCCGCUCACCUCUGGCAUGAGAGUGGCCUUCCCUGACACCAAGAAGACCUACUGCUUUGACGCCUUCCCAAACAUCGACAAGAUUUCCAAGGUAACGUCACCGGUACUGGUGAUCCAUGGUACAGAGGACGAGGUCAUUGACUUCUCCCAUGGCCUGGCACUGUAUGAACGCUGUCAGCGCCCUGUGGAGCCGCUCUGGGUAGAGGGGGCCGGACACAACGAUGUGGAGCUCUACGGACAGUACCUGGAGAGACUCAAACAGUUUGUUGCACAUGAGCUGGUCAACUUGUAGAGGAGCUGGAGAUAAGGGUGGAGAGGGAAGAAGAGAAGAAAGCAGUAAUUUCCAGGAAAGGUUGGAUGAUGGACAAGGGGUACAACUUUUUUUUUUCUUUUUUGUUAAGUAAUGCAGGUAGAAGUGGUGUUUGUCUGUGUAGUACUGACUAAUGGUGGCUGACUUCUCUCAUUAUCGAGCACCUCUCCUCCUUGGAUCUCCAGUUUGCCUGGGCCCAGAGCCUGUCAGUACCGUCCACACCACAUGCUGCAGCUGUGAACUUACAACUACCCAUUAUUUUGUUUUGCUUUUAGAUUUUCUUUUUUAUCAUGUUGAAAAUUGCACAUCGAGAAAGUGCAUGAGUGAAAGAAGAAGUAGACGUGCACAGACAACAUACUAUGUGCAAUAUUUGAGAGAUUGUGUGAGUGUGGGUGUGUCUGUGUCACAUUUUUGCUGCCUUUUGAGAAGAACAUGGUCCACAAUUCUUAAAGGAGACCUCUGGUCAACUCCUGAUGCUUUUGAGGUUUUGAGAAAUAGCCUUGCUACAAGCUGGACUGGACCAGAAGUGGACCUGACUCUCACUAAUCCAGCGGAACUCCAUCUAACUUUGAGGUCAGGUUUGGUCCUACACACUGCAGUCACCAUGAAUUUCUUCUUCUUCUUCUUCUUUUUUUUUUUUUUUUUUGGAUUACUGUUUAUUAUAUUUUUUAUAUUAUACAUGAUAUUUGCACGUAUCAGCUGUCACUGAAGAACUGUACCAGUCAAACUGACAUAUUACCUAGCUGUGCCAGUGUUGCCAAAUGUUUAGUAUAAUAUAUUGCAGAGACUUAGACACACAAAGAAGUGUAUGUUGUACAAGUAACACCUAGAAACAUCUCCAAAGCUCUGUAAGCUGUAUUGAGUUUCUACUUUGUUCAGUCUUAAAAUGGUACAAUUUGAUGUUACAAUUUACUACAAGAAUAUGAUGCAAGAUGGGGCUCAGUCAGCAGCUUAUGUAGCCAGUUAAAAGGCUCAGGCUGUAUAUCAUUGACCAAUAAAGUGUGAGUUAUUUCCUCACAUUGUCUUCAAGAGACCUUUCCACAGUUCCUACUUCUGAGUUUACCUUGAAGUAUUGUUGCUGUAAGAUCAGUAUCACUACACUCUAGUUGAUAAACUCCGUGUUUUCUGAAAAAAUAAAUACUGGACCAUUUUGUGGACAAAAAAGCUGACCCCACUCUGGAAAUAACAAGUAUUCACUUCAAGUAACUAUUGAAAAGCCCAGUGCGGUUUUCUGUCUAUGGGUCUGAAGAUAACAAAUGAAAUAAUGUGUGUAGUUACUAUUACAGAUCUUGCCUAUGUACCUGAAUCAGAUCUUUCUAGAUGUGUCUUUUUAUAUGAUAAAAAUGUACCUACUGUGACAGCAGCUAACAGCCUGUGCUCUGAGACUCCAGGCUUAUACCACUAAUGCCAAUCAGGACUGAAUGGUGAAUGUUAUAGAUGCAGCUGGUGUUGAUUCAUUUUCAGUUAAAGAAGUUGUUAAAAAAUUACAGUGUUUUGGAUUGAGAGGCUUUCAAUUCAGUACAUUUGAGGUGAAAAUGAAUGGACUCCAGCCUUGAUUGCUCACUCACAAUAUGGGUUAUGUCAGCCUAAGUGGUUCAGCAUUAAAAGCCUCCAUCAUGGACACAA